AGCCCGCAUGCCAACCACGCUCCGCAACCUCGCCGUCUCUCGACCCUUCGCCGCAACCCUCUCGCAAACUCUCUUCCACAAUGUCGCAAGACGGAACUUCCAAACGAGCCGGAGAAUGAUGGCGGAUGUCGUCGUGACGCCGAAAAAACCCAUUGGCGCAUUCAGAGGAUCGCUCUUGGGCUUCCUUCUGGGAACAGUGCUUGCGGGUAGUGGACUUUACUACUACGUUGUGGACGAGUACAAGGUGUCGAACACGCUGUUGACGGAGGACAUCUACGCGCUCCAGUCCGCGGUACAGAGAUUAGAGGGUUACGUCAAGAACAUCGAGGAGGAGGUAAAGACGAACAAGAAGUGAAGGCAGAGCAGGAGAAGCGAAACUUCGAGGGACAAGCCUACCAUCACACUCAGAGGGAUCUCGCUAGGCCUCAAGUCGAUCCCAGCUCACAAAGGAAACAAUACGAGGAUGGUCGAGUUGAAAGACUGAGUUCUUGUACAUUGUAAUGUCCUAUAUACCCGACAACAGUAUCACGCAGCACGGCGUGUCUGCAG